AUGCCGUCGGUCGCUCAAGGUAGCCGUCCGGACCCCAGAGACUUCAUAUUCAGCGAAAAAACUGGCGAGAAACUAAUCCGAAAACGCGGCGAAAUUCGCGGAUAUGAUUUCAGUAUCGAUCGAUGCGAGGCAUGCGUGAUUUACCUCGUGGACCACAUCUCACAGGUUUUCAUUGAUGAGUGCAAAGAUUGUUCGAUUUUCGUUGGGCCUGUGGGAGGAUCAAUAUUUUUGCGAGACUGUGUUAGGAUUCGCCUUAUGGCAAUUUGUCAGCAACUACGAACCAGAGAUU